AUGUAUGUUUUAUCAUUCUGUGUUCAGUGAGCGCAGUGGUAGUUUGUGCUUGUGCUAAGUUGAAGUGUUUGCGUCCUCUAUUCUUAAUUUGUAUUAAGGAUAGUUGUCUACAUAUUGAACUUAAUAAGAAUUUCGAAUUUUUUUUUCCUAAUACUUGUGUUCGCCGCUAGUAAAAAGAAAAAAUUCUUAGAACGGAAUUAAAAAUGGUGUACAAUAUGGAAAACGCUGAGGAAGUUAUGCAAAUUUUGGAGCGCUAUACUCGUCUUAAACAAAAAGAAAUACCGAAGGAGUUGGACGAAUAUUUGCAGUACGUUGCUAAAACCGGUGAUACCGUUUUCAAAUGGUCAAGCCUUAAGUAUUUAUUUCGGGAAAAGUUACUAAACGUCAUCAAAAAUUUUCAUGAUACUUCUUCAACGCGAGGAGACGAAAUUCCCCAAUAUCCUAAUGUAGAUCCAUUUAAUUACGAAAGCAUGAAAUCUGCACUUUUGGAGCGUUUGGAACUAUUUAAUGCGGCACCUUUUACCAUUCAACGUCUGUGUGAGCUUCUAAUAGAUCCACAUAAGCAAUACAGUCGUAUUGAUAAGUUUAUGCGUGCUUUGGAAAAGAACAUUUUGGUAGUCAGUACUAUUGAACCUGGACGUAAACGUACUGAAAGUGAAAAUGGCGACUCUCUCGAUUCGGUGGUCAAUGGAGAUCUUUCGCUAGAUGUUAACGUUGAUAUUGAUAUGGAAAAUGAAACUAUAUUCAAUACCGAAACACAGAAUGGUAAUGGACCAACAACAACGAAUGUUAAACCUGAGUCUGAAACAAUCGAAACUAAAGUUGGGGCCGAAAAUACAGAAAUAGACUCGAAUGCUUUACGAUCUGCUGAUGACGAUAUAUUGCCAAAUCCUAAAAAGCUUAAGUUAGAUAUCGAUGAGAAAGAGAAAGAGUCUGAGAAAGAUAGUGCUGUAAAAUCAAGUGAGUUGAAUACGGAAUCGAAAAGUGAACAAAAACUUGAUGAUAAGAUAGAUGAACAAAAACCGGACAUAAUAAAAAGUAAUGAGAAUGAUAAUGAGAAUGUCACUAAUGAUACUAACGAAAUUAAUGAUAGUAAUAAUGAUGCAGAGAUGUCCGAAGAUAAACAAAACAUUGAUAUUGAGACUGAGACUGAAAAAAUUGAGAACUCCGGUAAAAUUUCUGAAAAUAAAGAAGAAGUGAAUAAUGAGAAAGAACAAAAUGAAAAGGAAAAAAAUGACAAUGAAAAAACGGAAGACUCUUCAGAAGAAAAAAUUUCAGACAAACUAGUAGAAAAUGUUAAAUCAAUUAUAGAUCAGGUUGAUAAUAAUGGAGAUAAAACUGAACAAGAAACUGAGAAUAACACAGUUAAUGAAGAGGAAAAAAUUAUUGAAAAACAAGAAAUAGAAAAAUGUGAAAAAGAAGAAUUGUCAACAACUCCACCAACUGACGUAGAAGUUUCAAAAACAACUGACAAAGAAGUUGAGGACGCAAAAGAGGAGGGUACAACAGAAGCAAUAACUGCCGCAGAAGAACCAACGACUGAAGCUAAGCAAAAUAAUGUUGAGUCUGGAACAAAAAUUGUUGAAGAAAGUACAACACCUGUAGAUACCGAAGAAGCAGCUGUAGAAAAGGUUGAAAAGGUAGACACUGAUAAAAAUGAAACAUGUGACGUAGAUGAUAAAAAAGAAGUUGAAUCUGUUAUUGAUACUGGAGAAAAAGAAACAUUAGCUCCAACAAACGAAGAUGGUAAGACUGAAGAGGAAAAUGUAAAUAAAGAAAUUGAAACAGAAUCCCCGACUGCAAUUACAAUUGAAUCAACUGUAGUACCAACAGUAGAUGUAGAAGCUAAAGUUACUGAACAAUUGCCAGUUAUCGCUGAGGAUACGGAUGAUAAAGUAAUUGUUGAGGCAGUUCCUACCACAGAAGAAAUUAAAACUGUUGACAAUAGUGAAACCGUUGAAAAUAGUAAAACUGAUAAUAUUGUAGUUACACCACCAACUAUAACAUUGAAUGAUCAACCUAUGGAAGAUUCAUCAGUUGAUGAUGGUUCACCUGUUCCAGAAGUUAAUAUGGUUGUCGAAAGUAGUGAUAGUGCCACUGCAAUGGCUACUGAUUCAACACAACCGAAUAAUAAAGACGAUCCUGCUAAAAUGGAGGUUGACGAAACCAGCCAGGAAGCUAUGGAUCAGUAAAUAUUUACUAAUACAUAAGAAUCGAAAACGCUUAAAGCAUAUAUUUUAUUUCAAUUAAAUUCAUAUUUAUAUUAAAUUUAUU